AUGAGCAUGAUCAACUCCGAUCUCCCAUUUGUGAUCCAGAAAAAGCGAAACAGUCUUGGUUGCACCGAUGUCCUCAACCAUGCAAUUUUCUUACGAGUAGUUGACGGAAAUCCGCAUAUGUCUGCGAUUGUUACUAGUUCUACAAUCGGAUUGCGGAUAUUACAACAAGAAGGAGACACUGGUAUGAAUGAGUUUGGAGCUAACCAGAAAUACCGCAAGGAAUGGCUAUGGGGCAGGAAGUUACGAAAAGUGUCGAUCAUUUAUAACGUCUUCAAUAACCAAAGUACGUACCACUCCAGUGCCUUCAGGAACUACUCGAAUGCUCUCAAGCUACACAUCGUACGUCCUCGUUUGGUUGGUUUCCAAGAAAUUUCCGGUAAACUGCUCAAGUUUUUUCUCCGUACGGAGUCCAGCUGCGCACAAAUUGUGCGCGUUUCACAAGUGUACUCGAGUGUUGGAGAAGAUUGGACGAAAAAACUGCGCCAUAUUGGACAGUGGUGGACAUAUGUGACGAUAGAGGAAAAGAAGGAUGAUCAGGAUGAUGGGCGGAACGCUGGACGGGCAUCCUUCCGGUAUCCCUACCAAAUCGCUCCGUUGCUAGCGCUUUGCCCGUCGCUGCUUCUCGGUGAAGUAAUUGAGAUGCUCCAAGCAAUUCCUGUCUUCAGGCCACAUUACUUAAUGGAAAUGGCAUCGACCACUGGCCAGAGGACUCGAUUUGGGCCAACUCUCGUGCGGCUUCCUCCAGUAGUCUGA